GCCUGCUCAACUAGAUAGAUCUUUUUCGCUCAACGGUUUGGAUAGAAUAGAACCUGCUGCUUCUCCAUCCUUCAGUCAGUCCGCCCCCCGACUGGACGUAGGACGCGGGGACUGAGGCCGGCGAGCCAUGGCGGCGGCUCUCCUCUCCCCUUCUCCCUCUCUCCCGAGCCCCAACUCACAGUCCUCGCUUCGCCCAAGGAGCGGGGGCGCGCUCGGCGCGGGAGCAGCGCGCGUUCCACUACCGAGGAGGAGGAUCCGUGUGCUCACCUCGUGCUCUCGCGAGCCUGCUGCCGGGAACCGCUGGUUGGAGGUGGAAAGGAGGCGCCUUCUCCUCUCCGGGCUCAUGUCUUCUGUCGCAAUCGCACUCCCAAUUUCAGAAUCAUAUGCUGCCAUGGAGACUGAUGAAGAUGUGAAGAUGAGGACGCAAGUUGAUGAGAUCAAUGCAUAUUCUUUUCUUUACCCUGUCGAACUACCAGGAAAGAAAUUCUCCUUCAAAUGGGUAGAGUCCAGAAAACCGGAACGAUACUCCUCUGCAGCGCCACUAUCGCCUGAUGCACGGCAACGUAUUGUAUCGGAGCGAGUUGACAUGAUACAUAAUGUUGUCAUCUCAGUCUCGAUUGGGCCACCAAAUUCACGUUUUUUACCUUCAAAAGACAAGAGUUCAUGGGAUCCAAAAGAUGUUGCUGAUUGCAUUUUGUCUGAUAGAUCUACCCUGAAAGUAACGACUGGCCAGCGCAUGACAGAGAGCUCUGUCCUUGAUGCACACUGUACAGAGGUUGAUGGAGAACCGUACUGGUAUUAUGAGUAUCUAGUUCGGAAAUCGCCAACGAAGUCAGCACCAGAACCAAAUUUGUUUCGACAUAAUGUAGCGUGCACUGCUGAGCGAGAUGGGUACCUGUACUCACUAAAUGCUUCCACUCUCAGCAAGCAGUGGGAAUCUAUGGGACCUUUUCUACAAAAGACUGUGGCAUCCUUUCGCCUUCUCCCCCCUACAGACAGCUACGUUCCUCCUUACAAGGAUCCUUGGAGAUUUUGGUGACAUGGUUAUUCUUUUUGCUGUUUCAUUUUUUUCGCUUCUGGUUUUAGACCAUGUUUCACGUAGUGGAUGUCUAGUGAGUGCUUGUACUUUCAGCAUGACUGAUAAAAUUGUUGGAAUAUAAGUGAAUUGCCCACCUCUCCCCCAUCAGCUUAAGCUUUUGGGUUGAACUGGUCGGUGCAUGCAACUCAAUAUGGUAUCAAAGCCAGAGGUCUCGAGUUCGAAUC